AUGCAGAUAGGCCACCCCACAGAUGUAAAACAUCUUGCCCACAUUGGAUGGGAAUGUACACCUGCAAAUUCACCAAGCUGGGUGAUGAAUGAGUUUGGAACUUCUCCGGAACCCUCAUCUGGAGCAUCAAAUUGUAACACUCUACCAACGUAUGCUACCAAGUAUUCAGCCAAAGAUUCAUUGCUCAUAGGCAAUUCGGAUAUGCAAAAGUCAUCCGGUGCCCCGACGGAUUCCCCGACCCGUAAUAUCUUCGGUGAAACGAAACCAUCCAGGCGCCAGAUUUUCAAUGGUUCAGUAGGAUCUCCGGGUCGGGCCCCAUUGGGCAGUAACAAGCCUAGGAGGAAGAAGAAUUCAAUUCUCGAAUCUUCGACCAGGGAACUAUCGACCCGACCGAGGAGGCUCAACAAUUCAAGUCUUGGGUCGGAGUCUCCCCAACAAGAACCACCAGUAGUUGCAAAACAGUCGCGCAAAAAGAAGCCAAAGGCAUCUUCUAAUGGUGGGUCUAUGAGAUCAUCAAUAUCAAAAGGCCAGGAAUUGACUGGAUUCCCGGAUCCCGAGUUCGCCCAUGUAAUGAAGAACCAAGAGAAGGGUCCGGAUCCAGUUUUGGAAGCCUAUGAAGGGAAUGAAUGUGAUGAGAUUUCAAGAAGAAUUCGUGGGUUGUAA